AUGCUAAAGAAUAUUAUCAAUGAUAAAGACAUAGAACACUAUCUAGCACAGCUGGAAGAUGGUUGGCUGUCGGAAGAUGGACUAGAGGCAGAAGAUUCUGAAGAUGACGACCCAGCAAAUCCCCAUUAUACUAGGGAUGAACUUCUAAGUCUAUAUGAUAACAAUGGUGAUGAAGACAGUCAGGAAAAAAAUGAAAAUGUUCCUCCUCGUGUUGAAGAACUGGUGGAAGAAGGAGAAAGUCAAAACAGAGUUCCUUGUGGUGAUACUUUCAAUACAUUAUUGGACAAAAGAAAACUUAUGUGGAAAACUUUGAUGAGGAUCGAAUUACUUUCUUAG